GGCCGUGUGCCUUGAUCUCAGUCCAGAAGGUAAGGGCAGUCUCUGGGUAAAACCACCAAGGACCUUGCAAGGCACAUAAUGUGUGUACAUAAACUCCAAGGUACUCAUGCGCGUUGUAUAAUACGGUGAGCAAAGGACAAUCCUCUUUGAGUUCAACGUUCGCCCUUGGUCGCGACUAUCAUGUCUUCCUUCGACGCUCACAAUGUUGACCUUGACACAGCUAGCCAGGCGGAUGUCCUCUGCUAUCUGGCGCUGUCCGAAAACGACUACAACGGCCACCUCGGCGCCCGCAUAUCUUCUAUUUUCGUUAUUUUCAUCACGUCAACCGCAUUCACCUUGUUCCCCGUGAUUGCCAAACGAGCUCCGGGGUUGAGGACCCCCUACCAUGUUUACCUCUUCGCCCGAUAUUUCGGCACAGGUGUCAUAGUGGCUACAGCGUUCAUCCACCUCCUGGAUCCCGCAUACAGCAGCAUCGGCCCGAACUCAUGUAUCGGAGUGUCCGGGCACUGGGGAGACUACUCCUGGUGUGCCGCCAUCGUCCUCGUCUCCGUCGUAACCAUAUUCCUGCUGGAUCUAGGCGCUGAGGUAUACGUAGAGUAUAAAUACGGGGUUCAGCGAAAUGACGACGCCACAGAGGCGUUCAUCACACACUCCUGCGCGUCGGAUUCGGACAGUACAUCCCACGCCGUGGAGUCUGGCACGCCCACCCCAAAAACCACCGAUAUUCACACCGAAGUGGCCUCGGUACGUUCCGAACGGGCAUUCCGACAAGAAAUUGCUGCCUUCUUGAUCCUCGAGUUCGGCAUCAUAUUCCACUCCGUCAUAAUCGGUCUGAACCUGGGUGUGACAGGCGAAGAGUUCACGACUCUGUACCCCGUGUUGGUCUUUCACCAAGCCUUUGAAGGUCUGGGAAUUGGUGCGCGUAUGUCAGCGCUCCAUUUUGGUUCCCGUCGGUGGAUGCCAUGGAUGCUGUGUCUUUUGUAUGGUCUAACGACGCCCAUUUCUAUUGCUAUUGGACUAGGGGUGCGGACGUCGUACAACCCGGGAUCCAAGACGGCGAUAAUCGUGCAAGGUGUGCUGGAUGCGAUCUCCGCGGGGAUUUUGAUUUACAGUGGACUGGUGGAAUUGUUGGCGAGAGACUUUUUGUUUGAUCCCGACCGGACCAAGAGGAGAUCGCAUUUAUUUGUCAUGGUGGGAUGCAUGUUGUUGGGAGCGGGGAUCAUGGCUUUACUCGGAAAGUGGGCGUAAAAACCUUGGAAGACUGCGAAUGACCGGCAAAAGGGAGCUGAAGCAGGAGGAGAGAUCAUCGAGGACAACAAAUAAGGCGGACUAGUGCGGUGGGUCAUGGGGACUGUUCAUAACCUUUUUCUGCAAAUACGGUCAGCUGUAUGUAUGUAUCGGUAAUAUACCAUGGUGAUUGCCUAAUUGGAAUGCAGAUGGACAGUUCAUGCAUGGUGGAUGUGCGUAUAUUAAGCCUUCAGCACCG